UUUAAAUGUGAUUUAUUUCCGAACAGCGCCACAUCCCUUUCAUUUCUCUUUAUUUCAAGAUUCAGAGACCCCAAAAUCCCCUCACCUCCUGGUAUGGCAGAGGUUCAAGGUCAUCUCCUUUAUAGGUUGCAAAAUCAAAAGGCCCCAAAAUCCUCUCACCUCCUGAGGUUCAAGGUCAUCUCUUUUAUAGGUUGCAAAAUCAAAAGGCUAGUGUUUGCACUAUUUUAGUUCCAACUAUCUUAGUGUCUUGUCGUCGGCUGUCUCCAGUGAGAUUCAUUCCAAUUAUCUACCGGCUACAGCAGGAAACGAGUGACAGAAUCCCGAGAGGGCCUAUCUACCGGCUACAGCAGGCAAUCGUGGUUCAUCAGUUGUAUAAUUUUAAUGGGAGGGAGAUUACAGCGAAGAGGGAAGUAGGGGAGGCUGAGACAGGUUACAAAUCUUGGAUGAGAGAGAGAGACUCUUGUGUAAGAAAGGCAGUAAGCUCAUUUGAUGUGGAGGUAUGAAUGCAUUGCACAUAGUGUGUAUAUAUAUAUUAAUAAAAGAAUGAAUAGUGGAUUUUUCAUUAAACAUUUUUAAAUAAAUAAUAUAUAACGGUGUGCUUUACUCUCACUCUAAAAAUUGUCCACUUAUAAUUAUUGAAAAAUUGUAUUUAAAAACUGUCAAUGAAUUAUAAAUAAAUUUUAUCUUAUGGAUUCUAUCACGUGAAAAUGCACUACAUGUAUUUAUGUAUGUAUUAUAAAUUUGGGUUCUUAGUACAUGGCACGUUACCAAGGGAAAUGGUUAGCCAUGUGGGUUGGAACAAAGACGAAUGGUAGUGCUAAAUAGAUCCAGCAAUCCUACUGGUCUUUUGAAUCUUCGUCGCUUUUUGAUUCCCCUGCCAGUAAUAGUUAUUUCAGCCUCUACUAUCAGAGACAUCAUAGAGAGCUCCGAGCUGAAGACUCACCUGUUUCAAUCCUACUCCGGUUAUAGUCUGUCUCCUCCUAGUGAACCGCCGGGGAAGAUCAGCUCCCAUGCUAAUCUGGCGGACAAUUCGAGGGUUCAGCUGCUUCAUUCUCAAGCUAUCAAGGCGGGUUCCUUAGGAUGUCUACAGGUUUGUAACCAUAUUUUGAAUCUCUAUGUGAAAGGGUUGAAUCUGGGUUCUGCAAGAAAACUGUUUGAUGAAAUUCCGAACCGAGAUGUACGAACGUGGACGAUUUUAAUUGCGGGUUUUGCGCGGUUGGGUCCUGCUGGAGCGGGAUUGGUUCUGUUUACUGAGAUGCAAACUGAAGGAAUUCGCCCGAACCAUUUCAGUUUAUCUAGUGUUUUGAAGUGUUGCUCAAGUUUAAAUAAUCUCCGAUGUGGUAAGGGAGUUCAUGGAUGGAUACUGAGACAUGGGGUUGUAUUAGAUGUUGUUUUAGAUAACUCUAUGAUUGACAUUUAUGUCAAAUGUGCAAAAGUGGAUUAUGCUGGAAGAAUAUUUGAAUCAGUGACCACUAGAGAUACGGUCUCAUGGAAUAUUAUGAUUGAUGGAUAUCUACAAAUUGGAAAUACGGAGAAGGCGAUGGAACUAUUUAGACGAUUGCCUUUGAAAUAUGUUUCGAGCUGGAAUACGAUCAUAGUUGGACAAAUGCGAAAUGGGUAUGGCAGAAAGGCGUUGGAGCUUCUCUGUCAGAUGGUAGAAAUUGGGCCUGACUUCAAUAAAGUCACUUAUUCUACAGCUUUAGCAUUAGCAGCAUCUCUAGCAAUGUUGGAAGUAGGAAGACAAAUUCAUGGCAAGCUUCUGAGAGUGGUGCUUGAUUACGAUGAAUUUAUAAUGAGUUCGCUUAUUGACAUGUACUGCAAAUGUGGAAAACUGGACAAGGCCGCACUUGUUUUUGAAAAAAUGCCUCAUGACUUGGCCAAUAUGCAAAAUUCCAAAAUAUCUUCUGAUAGAAUUAUGGCAAAUGUUAUCUCAUGGAGUUCGAUGAUUUCUGGGUGUAUUCAGAAUGGAAGCUAUGAAGAAGCUAUCAAACUCUUCCAGAUGAUGAUUCAUGAAGGUCUUGAUGUGGACCAAUUCACUCUCACAAGCAUAGCUUCAGCCUGUGCUAAUGCUGGAAUUUUAUACCAGGGGCAGCAAAUUCAUGCCUACAUUGAAAAAACAGGGCACAAGCUAGAUGUUUUCUUGGGAUCUGCUAUCAUUGACAUGUAUGCCAAAUGUGGGAACUUAGACGAUGCUCAUUCAAUUUUCUUUCAAACCAAUGGUCAUAAUGUUGUUUUAUGGACUUCGAUGAUAUCUGCUUGUUCUUUGCAUGGUCAAGGAAGAGAGGCUGUCCAUCUUUUUGAACAGAUGUUGAAGGAAGGAAUUAGUCCAAAUGAAGUAAGUUUUGUAGGUGUCUUAUCUGGGUGUAGCCAUGCAGGGCUAGUUGAAGAAGCGAAUGCAUAUUUCAGGUCAAUGAAGGAAGAUUAUGGCAUUGUUCCUAGGGUCGAGCAUUUCACUUGUAUGGUUGAUCUUCUUGGUCGAGCAGGUCUCUUGGAUGAGGCAAUGGAGUUUAUUUACAGUAAUAAUAUAUCUCAUAUGACUGCUGUAUGGAGAGCACUAUUGUCUGCAUGUAGAAUUCACAAAAAUGUGCAGAUAGGGAACUGGGCUUCUGAACAGCUAUCUAAACUCGAACCAUUUGAUGCAGGACUUUAUGUUCUAUCGUCCAACAUUUGUUCAGCCACUCAUAGAUGGGAAGAGGCAGCUGAGAUAAGAAGUUUAAUGGAAGAGAGAAGGGUGAAAAAGAAGCUAGGCCAAUCAUGGAUCCAAAUAAAAAAUCAAAUCCACACAUUUACUGCGGGUGACAGGUCUCAUCCACAAGCAGCAGAGAUAUAUUGUUACUUGGAUAAGUUAAUUGGGAGAUUAAAGGAAAUAGGAUAUUCAACAGAUACAAAACCAGUAAUGCAUGAUGUAGAAGAAGAGCAAAAGGAAGUUCUUCUUGCUUUUCACAGCGAGAAACUUGCAAUUGCUUAUGGUAUCAUGAACACAUCUUGCAGAGCAACUAUUCGAGUCAUGAAGAACCUUAGAGUUUGUACAGACUGUCACACCUUCAUCAAGUAUACUUCUCUGGCUAUGGAUAAGGAGCUAGUUGUAAGAGAUGCUCAUCGGUAUCAUCAUUUUAAGCAUGGCCAGUGUUCUUGUGGAGAUUAUUGGUGAAAAAAUAAAAAUAGCUAGGUAUUUUGGCAGGUAUGAUCCCGUCCAUUACUCUUUGCCAUUAUGGAUACAGUAUGGAUAAAUGUCCAGAUUGAUAAAUUGUUGAUUAAAAAAUGCUUGUUAAGAUGAGCCAAGCAUAACCCUUGUAUUACUGUACAUAUUAAUCUUCUACUCAAUCUUCUUCUAGUGGGUAAAGAGGAAUAUUUUUUUUUUUA